AUGCACCGGAGACAUACUACCCUUCGUGAGAAAGGAAGGAGACAGGCCAUCCGAGGCCCAGCCUAUAUGUUCAACGAGAGGGGUAAAAGCCUGACCCCUGAAGAAGAACGCUUCCUGGAUGCAGCAGAAUAUGGGAAUAUACCAGUAGUACGUAAAAUGCUGGAGGAGUCAAAGACUUUGAACUUCAACUGUGUUGACUACAUGGGGCAAAACGCUUUGCAACUUGCAGUGGGAAACGAACAUUUAGAAGUAACGGAGCUUCUAUUAAAAAAAGAAAAUCUUGCACGGAUUGGUGAUGCUUUACUCUUGGCAAUAAGCAAAGGUUAUGUGAGGAUAGUAGAAGCAAUUUUAAAUCAUCCGGCUUUUGCACAGGGACAUCGACUGGCCAUCAGCCCUCUCGAACAGGAACUACGUGAUGAUGAUUUCUAUGCUUAUGAUGAAGAUGGUACCCGUUUCUCCCAAGAUAUCACUCCUGUUAUUCUUGCUUCUCAUUGCCAAGAAUAUGAGAUUGUGCAUAUACUUCUACUGAAGGGUGCACGAAUUGAGAAACCCCAUGACUAUUUUUGCAAAUGUAGCGAAUGUGCUGAGAAACAAAAACGAGAUUCUUUUAGCCAUUCCAGAUCAAGGAUGAAUGCAUACAAAGGAUUAGCAAGUGCUGCCCAUUUGUCUCUGUCAAGUGAAGACCCAGUCCUUACGGCUCUGGAACUAAGUAAUGAACUGGCACGGUUGGCCAAUAUAGAAACAGAGUUUAAGAAUGAUUACAGGAAGUUAUCUAUGCAAUGCAAGGAUUUUGCUGUUGGUGUACUAGACCUGUGCCGGGACACAGAGGAAGUGGAGGCCAUUCUAAAUGGAGACGUUGAUUCCGAGCCUCAGGGAGAUCAUCACCGGCCAUCUCUGAGCAGAGUGAAACUUGCCAUUAAGUAUGAGGUUAAGAAGUUUGUUGCUCACCCUAACUGCCAGCAACAACUGCUUACAAUUUGGUAUGAAAAUCUCUCAGGCUUGCGUCAACAGUCAAUUGCUGUGAAGUGCUUGGCCGUCUUCGGUGUUACCAUAGGGCUUCCAUUUCUUGCAAUUGGAUACUGGUUUGCUCCAUGCAGCAAGCUGGGACAAAUUUUAAGAAGUCCUUUUAUGAAGUUUGUAGCACAUGCAGUUUCAUUCACCAUCUUUCUAGGACUUCUGGUGUUAAAUGCAUCGGACAGAUUUGAAGGUGUAAAGAACUUGCCUAAUGAAACUGACACAGACAACCCAAGACAGAUCUUCAGAGUGAAAACUACAACAUUUACUUGGACUGAAUUGUUAAUAAUGAAAUGGAUUCUAGGUAUGAUAUGGACAGAAUGCAAAGAAAUUUGGGCAGAAGGACCCAAAGAGUAUGUCAUGCAUCUGUGGAACAUUCUAGAUUUUGGGAUGUUGUCUAUCUUUGUUGCCUCAUUCACGGCAAGAUUUAUUGCAUUUCUAAAGGCCUCUGAAGCACAACGCUAUGUGGAUUUACGCAUAAAUGCCAGCGAUCUCUCCAAGGCAGCACUGCCUCCAGAAAUUGCAUACUUUACUUAUGCUAGGAAUAAAUGGCUUCCAUCUGAUCCACAAAUCAUAUCAGAAGGACUUUAUGCAAUUGCUGUUGUGUUAAGCUUCUCUCGAAUUGCUUACAUUCUACCAGCAAAUGAAAGCUUUGGUCCGCUGCAGAUCUCCUUGGGAAGGACUGUAAAAGACAUUUUCAAAUUCAUGGUUAUAUUCAUUAUGGUGUUUGUUGCCUUCAUGAUUGGAAUGUUUAAUCUUUAUUCAUACUAUUUGGGAGCAAAAUAUAAUCCAGCUUUUACAACUGUUGAAGAGAGUUUCAAAACCUUAUUCUGGUCAAUAUUUGGCUUGUCAGAAGUGAUAUCCGUUGUCCUCAAGUAUGAUCAUAAAUUUAUUGAGAACAUAGGAUACAUUCUCUAUGGAGUAUACAAUGUUACAAUGGUGGUGGUGCUGCUCAAUAUGCUAAUAGCUAUGAUCAAUAGUUCUUAUCAAGAAAUCGAGGAGGAUGCAGAUGUUGAGUGGAAAUUUGCUCGAGCUAAGCUCUGGCUAUCAUAUUUUGAUGAAGGGAGAACUCUGCCUGCUCCAUUUAACCUUGUGCCAAGCCCAAAGUCAGUUUACUACUUUAUAUUCAAAAUUAAAAUCUGCCUUAUUCACUUGUGCAAAUCCAAGGUGCAAAAAUCUGAAGCUGACCUUGAAAUGGGUAUGCUGAAUUCUAAGCAGUAUCAAUCUAAUCCUGGACAUGGAGAAGGAUGUGGUCUGAAAAAGCCCAUUAGCAAUCCAACAAGAUAUCAGAGAAUUAUGAAACGGUUAAUAAAGCGAUAUGUACUGAAAGCACAGGUUGACAGAGAAAAUGAUGAAGUUAAUGAAGGAGAACUGAAGGAGAUCAAACAGGACAUUUCUAGUCUUCGCUAUGAACUCCUGGAGGAAAAGUCACAAGCAACAGGGGAGUUAGCACAUCUCAUUCAGCAACUCAGUGACAAAUUUGGCAAAAACUUCAAAAAAUAAUUGAUAUCAGUUUUAAUGUACCUUAAAAGAAAUAAUCUUUUUGGCAAAAAAUGUCUGAGACAAGAUAACAAGUGAAUUAAUUUAUACAAUAGUAUUUGAAACCAGUCUAUUUAGCUGUGCACAAUUAGAUUGCCUUUUACAUUAGGGCAAUGAAGAGGGGAAGAAUGAAGAGAGACUGAAAUUCAACAAGGAGGGACAAGAUUGAAUCCACACCAGACAGAAUGUGUAUUGGUGGAGCAUGCAGCAGCCUCCAGUAAUAAUGUGCAGCAAGUACCUGCUGCCAGUCUUAUGCUUGGAGAUGUAUCCGUAAUUGGAAAACAUUGCACAAGUUGGAUAUUAAAGUCAUAGCAUUUUAUUUUAAGAAAUGUGUCCCUUAUAGGUUAGGGUUAACUGACAACUGGCAGUGGUAGUGGAUCAAUUACUUUUCUUGCUACUGAGGAUUCUAUCAAUCCUGGUUUGAACUAUGAUGAAAACACAAAUAAAUGUGAAAAGUCUACUUAAAAACAUGUAAUCAUGUUUACAUAACUUCCUCUGUGGAUUACAACCCGGAAGUUAAAGUCUUUCAUCUCACUUUUGUUAACAAAAUAAGUAACAAAACCCAAGCCAUGAGAUCAGUCUGUCCUAUAGCUGGCACUUUAUUCCUUGUUAUUUUGUUCAGUUUUGUAUUUCACAAACAUUUAGCUGACUCUUUGCCCUUUGUUAUCCACUUCUGAUUUCCGUAAGUAAAUCACAAACAAGAGAACAUCUGCAGAUGCUGGAAAUCCGAGCAACACACACAAAAUGCUGCAGGAACUCAGCAGGUUAGGCAACAUCCAUAGAAAAAAAGUACCUUCCCACCCCCCUGCCCAUAGAUGCUACCCGGCCUGCUGAGUUCCUCCAGCAUUGUGUGUGUUGUUCCAUAAUUAAAUGUUUGAUUCAUCUGGAUUUGAAAGUCACACACAGCUUCUCUUUGUUCAUCUGAAGCUGUUUAAUUCUGAAUUCAAAUUCUAUAAGAACAUUACUUUCAGAAAACAAAAAUUAAUACUCGAGCAUUAAUAUCUAGACUGAUUUUCUUCCAACUUGGACUUGUAGAGAGGCAGCAAGGAAAUAGGCCCUUUAGUCCAGGAGUGUCUGCCAAUUAUUAAUACCCAUUUACAGCAAACCUACAAUAGUCUCAUUCUGCCUAGAUUUUAUCAACUUCAUCUAGAUCCUAUCAUUCAACUACACACUAGGGGCAGUUUGCAGCGGCCAAUUAAUCUACUAACCCAUUCAUGGUUUGGAUGGGGGAGGAAGCUGGAGCAUCAGGCUGAAACCCAUGCAGCCACUAGGAGGAUGUACAAACUCCACAGGGACAACACCCGAGGUCAGGAUUGAACCUGGGACUCUGGUGCUGUGAGGCAACAACUCUAUUAGCUGUGCCAUUGCGCCAACUUUUACAGUUGUUUCAACUUUGUUGUUCAAAUCACUAGCACAGUUUAAAUAAUAGUGUUUGAGUACAUCAAUAUUUAACUGCUCAUGUUGAAAGUCUCUUAUAUAUUGUAUUGUUUUUAAUCAAAUAAAA